AUGAUCAUCCCCAUCCGCUGUUUCUCCUGUGGCAAGAAGACCAAGGUUGUCGCCGACCUCUGGGAGCGCUACAUGGCACUGCUGGACGAGGGCAUGCCUGACGNNGGUGAGUCUGUUCACUUUCGCGACCACUCAUACAAAUCUCUGACAAACUGCGACAGUGACGCCAUGGACAAGCUCGGUCUGACACGCUACUGCUGUCGCCGUAUGCUCAUGACCCACGUCGACCUGAUCGAGAAGCUGCUCCGGUAUGCAAUAUCCUGCAUCUCCUCCUCCACCGCUCCACUAACACGUCCAUCAGCUNACAACCCCAACGAGCGCGACAUUAUCAGACAGCGCGUCUAA